AUGCUCGAAAUCCGGUGCAGCGGAACCCCUUACGAGAUUGGGUUCACCCAUGGUCAGUUAGCCAAGGAGAAGAUAUUAGGGUCUAUCGAUUUCUAUAAACAGCUGUUUUGGGAGUCUUGUUCGAUGACCUGGGAAGAAGUCCUACAAGAAGCGUCAAAAUAUCAUGAUAUCCUAAAGAAGAUCGCAGCGCGGUACCUUGUGGAAAUUGGCGGCAUUGCCGACGGGGCGCACAUACCGUUUCUAGAUAUCUUAGCGUUGAAUAUACGAUCCGAGAUAACGUUCGGUCUCUUCUCUGACACAUCCAACGGGAUCACGGAUAUCCCAAGCGACGGCUGUACGAGCUUAGGUUGGUCAGCCAGGUCAAAGUCCUUCAUUGGUCAGAACUGGGACUGGCGGAUAGAACAAGGUCCAAAUCUCAUAAUAUGCCACAUAUCACAUCCAGAUACAGAAAUCCCGGAUAUCGCCAUGGUGACCGAAGCUGGUAUUAUAGGGAAAAUAGGACUUAAUUCAAAAGGUGUUGGUUGCUGCUUGAAUGCGAUUCGCUGCCACGGUCUUGAUCGAUCUAAGUUACCUAUACAUUUCGCCCUUCGCGCCGUACUAGAAUCAGGAUCUCGAGAGGAAGCAGUGAUAUUAAUCAAGUCUUCUGGCGUCGCUGGAGGUGGGCACAUCUUGGUAGGAGAUGCGACAGGCUCGGUGGGCCUUGAGUGUACAAGCCGCUGGGUGAAGGAGUUAUCGAUGGAUGACAACGGGCGGGUAUGCCAUACGAAUCAUCUUCUUCUUGAUAAGUCAGGUAUCGACGAACCGUUGUGGCUAGAAGACUCCCCUUGGCGUCUAUCCCGAAUCCGAGAGCUCGCUACUAAAAUAUCCGAGCCGACUCUUGAUACAAUCUUUGAAAUUUUCAAGGAUACUAAGGAUUAUCCAGCUUCUAUCAAUAGGAAACAGGAGGUGGAUUCCAAGGCCCAGACUCUGUUCACGAUUGUCAUGGAUUUAACAAGCAAGUACGCCCAGGUCACGGUUGGGAGACCUACCGAGUACAGCGAACGACGAUUUCUGAGAUUUGUAGAUGGCUAA